AUCGAUACUAUGCGUCUUAACGGGGGGGUGUGUGUGUUCCGUCGUGGAGAAUGGAGUUCCAUUUGGCGUUCUGUGUUCAGAGUGCGCGGUGAUAGUCGCUGCAGUACAUAUGCCAGCUCAGAAACUUGUUGAUAAGCAUUCUCUGAAGAUUCUAAACAUGGAGCCUUCAAAUCUACCGCAGAAUCACUCUCAUCAACAGCUGAUGAGCAAUGGUGAUGAUUCAGACAGUAUUGACACCACAGUUCCAACAUUAACUGCCGGACCAGAUGCAUCGCAAGGGAGGCGUGGCACCGGCAUCAGAUUGCGUGAUAAAAUAACUGUCGCAGUAUUGUUCUACGUCAAUCUCAUCAACUAUAUGGACAGAUUUACAGUGGCUGGUAUCUUACAACAGAUUCAAACACACUACAACAUUGGUGAUGACAAAGGUGGUCUAUUGCAGACUGCCUUUGUUCUUAGUUAUAUGGUCUUUGCACCAGUCUUCGGCUACCUCGGUGAUAGGUACAAUCGUAAACUGCUGAUGGCACUGGGUGUCCUUCUGUGGAGUGGCACCACUCUUGCUGGUUCCUUUGUAAAUAGUUACCAUAUGUUCCUGACAUUUCGUGCCCUUGUUGGGAUUGGAGAAGCAAGUUACUCAACUAUAGCUCCAACUAUUAUUAGUGAUCUCUUUGUUAAGGACACUAGAUCAAAAAUGCUAGCUCUAUUUUAUUUUGCAAUCCCAGUUGGCAGUGGCCUGGGCUACAUCAUUGGCUCAGAGACUGCACGUGCCACUGGGGUGUGGCAGUGGGGUUUGAGAGUAACCCCUAUAAUGGGUGCUAUUGCUGUAAUUCUCAUCCUCUUGGCAAUGGAAGAUCCAAUGAGAGGCGAGAGUGAAGGGAGAUCGGAUAUCGGACGAACUUCUUGGUUACAAGAUAUUCGUGCUCUUGGCAAUAAUGCCAGUUUCAUGCUUUCAACUCUCGGAUUCACUUGUGUCGCAUUUGUUGCUGGUGCCCUGGCAUGGUGGGGUCCGAUGUUUAUUCACUAUGGACUUGUUCUACAACCUGGGCACGAAAAUGCAACACUCAAUGAUGUUUCUUAUAAGUUUGGAAUCGUGGCCAUGUUUUCUGGAUUGGUUGGGGUUCCUCUGGGUUCCUGCUUGGCUCAGUUUUUGAGACCUAGAUAUCCUCGUGUGGAUCCUAUGAUAUGUGCCAUAGGGUUACUUAUUAGUGCCCCACUACUGUUCAUCGCAUCUCUCCUUGCUGAAAGUAGCAUCUCAGUAUGUUACAUAUUUAUAUUUUUUGGAGAAGUAUUCUUGAACCUCAACUGGUCUGUAGUGGCUGACAUGUUGUUGUAUGUUGUAAUACCAACCAGAAGAUCGACAGCAGAAGCGUUCCAGAUUCUUCUUUCUCAUGCUCUAGGUGAUGCUGGCAGUCCUUAUUUAAUUGGUGUGAUUUCAGAAGCUCUGAAGACAGCACUAAGCAGACCAGAUGUUUCUUUACAUGCUAAUUCCACAAUUCUUAGAAAUGACACUAUGAUACUUGGAGUUCAUGAAACGGAGGAUCCUGUUGUGCGGUUCAAAAGUCUGCAAUAUGCUCUAUUCACAACAAGUUUUGUUGAGGUUGUUGGUGGUCUCUUUUUUUUGAUAACAGCUCUGUACAUAAUUCGGGACAGAAAAAAAGCAGAACUGGAACAUCAAGGUGCUGAACAUCCACAGCCAAGACAUCUUUUUGCUGAUGACUGAAAGUGGUUUAAGGCUGUAAAUCAUUACACGGUGUGUUGGGCAGUAUUUAAAAGUGCACGCUGUUCCUAAUUCCCUAUGUAAGUGUGGUCAUUUGUUAUGUUGUAGUACUGACAGAAACUAUGUGCUUACAUUGCACCAAGUGCUGGUGAGUUUGAUAGUAAAUGCAAGUCUGCAGUAUAUGAUGUGAACAGUGCAACAAGGAAAUGGUUUAAUCAGUUUUAGGGAAAUGUGCUCUGCAUUGUUACAUAAUAUUUAUUGUACUUAACCAACAGUUAGCAAGGACUGACUAAUUGAGCUGUACAGUUAGCGAUACAAAUUGAGUGGUUCAAACAAAUAUUUGCCUCGUCAAAAGAAACAUGAUAAAAUAAAAUAGAAAGGAACUUCCACAUGGGAAAAAUAUAUUAAAAACAAAGAUUCAAAGAUUCCAAGACUCACCAAGCGGUGAAAGCGCCGGUAGACAGGCACAAUAAAAUUUUAUUGUGCCUGUCUACCGACGCUUUCUCGCUUGGUGUGUCUUGGAAUCUUUGUUUUGAAACAUGAUAAAAGAUUGUGAUACUGAUAUUUCUAUUUUUGUGCUGAAAAUAGUUUGUUGUAACUUUUAUCAUGAUGCAGAAAUCUGCGUUAUGUAAAUGCAUCAUACACUGGGGCAGAAAUUAAAUUUCUGUUGCUUUUUACAACAUUAUCUGUCUGGUUAUAUCUCAGUGAGAAGUUGGUUGAUCAAAUUUUUAUGUAUAAUAUGAAGAAGUUAUGUAUGAUUGUGCAAACGGCAUUGGAUUCUUAUGUCAAUAGUGAAAUGAGUCAAGAACAAAACUGUAUCAGUGUCUUAUUUUCUGUUGUAUUUGUGCGCCAUUGUUUAACAGUUUUGUAAGAAUCUAUCAUUGUUAGCGGAAUAAUGUUAAGUUGUUGUGUGCCACUUUCUUGACAGUGACUUAAGUUGAUACUGUCCAUUUGAUAACAACAAAAUUUAUGUAACUUAUUGCAGAGCAGAUAUGAAACUGUUUAUAUUAAACAGUAAACAACAUUUCAUUGCUGAGCAAUGAGCAUGAUAAACACAUGUCCAAGAAUUGUUCCAUGCCACUUAGAUAUAUAUGGAUUUUGUGUGAAGUUAGCCUGGCACUCAAAAGUAUGUACAGUAAUUAUUAAACUGAGCACUUCCAUGUUUACUCAGUUAUCUGGCACUAACAAAGUAAGCCCACUUGCCAAAAUACUGAGGUAUUCGACUGUUCAUCCUGAAAUUCAGUUAAAAUAAAUUCAUUAAAAUUUUUUCAACCAACAAUCAAUGGUAUAUGGAUUUUUCAUUUUUUGCGUAGUAAUUAUCUCAUUAAUUAAUGCCAUCUUCCAAAAGAAAUUUUUAUAGCAAGAAAAAUGUAAGGUUGUGGCUCCAAACUCGUAACUAAAUAAGUAAGUUCAUUACAGACAAUAGAGUGACAACUAUAGCGGGGUAGGGGUGGGGGGAGGGGGAGGGGGAGGGGAACUGUGCUGUGUGUACUCUGCUCAGGGUUUUCUAUAAUAUUAUUACAUAAGUUUACUGUUAAUAAUGAUGAAAACAAUUAACUUAAUUGUUCUGUACUACAUUACUUCCUUUUAUAACAAGAUAUUAGAUAUUUACCCUGAUGGUAAAAAUGCUUUUGCUUUCUCAUGUGCAUUCGAGUAUCUCUUCACGUCCUUUUUUCCCCCAGGAGCUAUUAGAAUAGAUAUCUUUUCUGUUAGCUUUUGUCAGACAUCAUUAAACUGUGGAAUCAAAGACUGUAAUUACUGAAAGACUUGGAAUUUUCUUUAUUAAAUUAUUGGUUAAGAACAUGUGUAAUUUCAGAUACGUUAGAUGUUUCGGUUAUUUGUAUAAGAACAGUACUCUUCCACAAAAAGAAGCUUAACAUUUUAGUAGCAUUUAAGUGUAAUGUGACUAAAAGCAAAAGUUUUAUUUAAUCUGAAAUUGUAACAUAAAUAUGUAUUGCGUAUUUUUGGUAUAAUUAGAUGUACAUCAUUUAUUACUGUUCACUGUUAUACUCUAAAUGCAGUGUUUAUUUGUCAUCAUUAAUCUGUAAUUCACUUUGUUACUCUAUUGGCAAGAAAAGGAUGUUGUAAUUAAGUCUUCAGCAUUGGUUUUGAUUCUACUGUUACGUAAAAGUUGCACAGUUGUAAAUCUUCAAAGGAAUUAUUUAACAUCAGAAAAAAUAACUGAUAACAUGAUUUCAUGUAAUAACUGUAACAACAUGGUGACAAAAAAGAGUAGGAAAGGAGCAAAAGAAUGAGGAGGAGGAGGAGGAAUAAAUUAUUGUUUGUAAGUGUCAUUGACAAUAUGAAGUAAAUCAUUUCAUGCCUUAUUGAAGUCAAGUCAAGACUACUUGAUUUACUACUUACUUUGAUAAUGAAUACCACUAUCUUGCCACAGGAGUCUUGCAUUGGAAAUUAUAUAUAUGCGCACUCUGUGUUUUUAUUAAAUGAUUCUGAAGAUUGUCAUCUCGGCAUUUGCUAAAAGAAUUGCUGGUUAAUUUAGUUUGCAUUAUGUUACUGCCCCCUUCUCCACACCUUUCCUUCCACUUGAUUAUUUGAUAGUAUGGCAUUUGAUGUACCACAUUUUUCACAUUACUAAUCUUUCCCGAUUUCCCAUAGGAACUGUGUUAAAUAUCUCCUGACAAAACUUAACUCGCCCACUGGAUCUCAAAUAUCUAGUUAAUUUGUAACUAAACUCGUAUAGAUAUUGCCAGCAGUAAUGUUUCAGCUGGUUAACACCAGCUGUCAUUAAAACUAAACUUUUAAGUAAGGCACUGCAUGAAAAUGGUGAAACAGUGUUUGACCCACCUACCAUCAAUCUCUUUGCAUUUGCAAUAGCUUUCUGCAGAAUUUCAAUGGCAUGAGUAUCACUAGGAAAAAUAUUGUAGACAUAACAUAAAUCACAGGUUGAGUAUUCUCAAUAAAAGAUGGAAAUAAAAGCUAGAGUUGAAUUCCAGCCCACAAUUAGUAUUAUAUCAUAGUCUGAUUUCAGUGGAUACCAUCUACUAUAUUAUCCUUCCAAAUUAUGUGAUAUACAAAUCCAGACAGUGUACAAAAUAAUUGGACUAUACUGUUAAGAAAAGUGGAAUUUGUAGCAAAACAACUAUUUUAUCAUCAGCCAUUUGUCACCUACUCCUGGAUAAAGGCCGCCUCUUCACUUUCACAUGCACUGCUGUUUUCAGCUAAUCCUCUAUGUUUGAAAAUACCAUUGUCUACCCUCCUCCCACUAAAUAGUCAACUUAGUCUCUUUUUAGCUCUUUGAAUGUAAUAAAGGGCUUCCAUGGUACAAUGACCAUCCAUUCACUUGACUUAAUGUGAUGCCCACCUAAAUUUCAUUUUCAUCACAGUUGUAGUUAUGUCUCCUACUCCCAUUUGGUUCCUGAUACAUUUCUUUAUUUUUGUGUAGUAAUUCUCAACAUGCACCACUCAUUUGUUCAUUGUUGUCAGAUUAAAAGAGCUAUGUUUAACUGACAUUAAUCAAAACUGAUAAUACACACUGAUUCAGAAACAUCAGAAUCUCUAGUAUGAAGACAGUAUUAUGAAAAGCAGUCCAGGUCAGUUUUAUUCUUCUGUUGGGGUUUUUGUGUAUCAAGUUGUUUUCUUUGAUGUGGUCUAAAUGCAAAAACUCAUCAACUAAUUUGAUGACUUAAUUGUUUAUUGACCAGGGGGGAGGGGGGGGGAGGAGGUUACAAAUACUUGUUUGGCUAUCUAGAUUUAAGUUUCCAUGGUUAUUCUGAAUCAGUCAAGGCAAAUGCCGGGAUGCUUCCUCUGAACAGGAUGGGACUCAUUUGCUAAACUGUGCUUCCUUAAUCUUAGCUUGUGGCCUCUCUCUAAUGAUGAUAAAUGCUAAUCUCCCUUUCUUUCAUGAAGAUUCUUAUAUUCUUAUAGACAUGAUGUGUGAAUGAAUGAAUAGUAAAUGUUUUCACAAAGCCUGACAGCUAGAAUUCACAUCUAAAAUAAAUCAUCUGGAUGUAUGUUAACCUGAUUAACUAAACAGCGUUCUCAAAGGCAAUCAAAUGAACUGUAACAGAAGAUAAGGACUAUCUGGGUUCUAAACAGAAGGAAAGCGGUUGUGGCAGUAAGUGUGAAACAAAACUAUGGGAGUAGCAUGAUAGAAAUCCUGUCUUUUAAAAUAAGUUAUUACUAAUUAUUUUUCUCAAAUGAUGACUUUCUAAGCAACUUCAUGUUAUGGCAGUUUAGAAACUUUUAUUUUAAAUGCACAUAAGGUGUAGCAAAGAAAGACAAGUCCUAAUGUCAUGAACAUUAAGAUCAAUUAUAUCUGAAUUUGAAUAAUCUUUAUUUUACAAACUAUUUCACAUUUCUUGUAAAUAGCGUCUGAAAAUCACAAAUUUUUAUUUUGUAAAUUAUAACUGCUCUUGUGAAAAUAUAGCGGAGCAGAGCCAAGACUGACUAGUGUAAGGAAAUUUAAUCCUGUCUGUAAAAAUUCAAAUGGUGAAAUAAAGUAAACUAUAUAUUUGUA